CUUUCAUUUACUAUCCACUUUGUACAGGUAUGCCCAGAUAGCCUCACAUAGAACAUAUACCACGAGAGAUCAUAUAUACCAUGAGCUUCGAUCCGGGCCCAUCCUCAAAUUACUACCGCAACUUUGCUUCGUCGGCCGACGGUCCUCUUCAACCCCCAUCUCCUCCCCGUUCGCCCAUUCUCGGAGCAACUCUUCCUCCGCAGCAAGUCGAAAGGGACCUUUACGCUCUUCUCAACAUCUCCAAAGAUGCGUCGGAGGCUACCAUCCGAGAUCGAUACCGUUCUCUCGCUACGACAUUCCACCCCGACCGUCAGAGGAGCGACCGUACUCGAGAAGCAGCGCAUGCUCAAUUCACCGAGAUCCAAAGAGCUUACGAGAUCCUCACCGAUCCCAGGAAGCGUGCGGUGUACGAUAUGUUUGGAGAGGAAGGUUUGAAGACGAAUUGGGAGAUCGGACCGAGAGUGAAGACUCCAGAGGAAAUGCGAAAGUGGUUUACGGCGCAGGCGCAUGAGAAGCGUGCAAUGGAGGCGGAGGCGCUUGUGAAGCCAAAGAGCGACUUGGAAGUCGUCCUCGAUGCACGGGCCGUGUUUCUCUCCAAAAAAGUGUUCCCAGACCCUAAUGCCGUCAAACACGAUCCCAUCUCAAGAGUCUUGCGUAUCCGACCGGGGCGAACAGUCUUGAAGCAUUCUUUUGAGAUGCCUCUAUCGCCAAACACGCAGUUUAUUGUCGAAGGCCAAGCCUUGUCGAGGAAUGGUCGCGGAGGUGCCAAUGUGCUGGGUACAGUGAAACACCAAUUCUCUCCCAAAUUCUGGGUUGAGACCGGGGUUACUUUGAUGCAUCCCCGGAUAGGGAAAGUCAAGGCAACAUAUACAGUGGACGAGGAUCAGUAUGUUACUGCAAGUGUUGUUCAGUCUACCUUGACUGCUCCGCCCCAACUGGGAUUCACCUAUGGGCGAAGACUGUACGCCGACACUACAGGUUUCAUGUUGUACGAGCCCGGAUCCUUCUCCGUCGGUCCAUGGGGCCGCAACCGCCCGGAAUCGCAACUGAACCCAUCUUCCCUCUCCAUCGGCCUCACCAACGCUAAACGUAACGGUGCCGGCUGGACAGUCCAAACCACCGCAGGUCUUGCCAACAGCCAGAUCACUGCCGAUUGGUCGACCCCGAUCCCGGGGGGGCUGAAAAUGAAAUUUGGCGCUGACAUUGGUUUGGAUCAGUCGAUCGCUGGGUUCAUCACUGCUGAGGGGAAGGUGACGGAUAAUGUCAAAGCUGGGCUGAUUUUGCAGAUGGAAAUCGGUGGAGGGAUCAUCCUAAAAGUCAAGAUCAACCGUCUUGGUCAAAAGAUCUCUAUCCCUAUCCUCCUCGCUGAGAGGCUAGACCCCGUUAUCCUUCUCGGUUCCACCCUCAUCCCCGCUGCAGUCUACGCAGGUAUCUACAAACUCUAUCUCUUACCGCGCAAGAAACGGGCUUUGAAGGAUAGGGUGAAGGAGUUACGGGAGGAGAAUAAAGAGUUUAUCAGGCAGAAGAGGCAAGAGGCGAGGGAUGCGGUGGAUGUGAUGGAGAGGUCGGUGGAAGUGAAGCUGGCGCAGGAGAGGGACAGGAAUGGUCUUAUCGUCAUCUCCGCCCAUUACGGACUCGCAUCCUCAUUCACUGAACGUGGUAUCAUCGUUUCUGAAAAGAUUGACCAAGAAGGAGAAGGAGAGAUUAUCGAUGUGACGAUCCCUGUGCAAGCGCUUGUUCAAGAUGGAAGGCUGUAUAUUCCUGGAGGCAAGGGAAAACAUAACAUCAUAGGGUUCUAUGACCCGUGUAUAGGCGAAAACAAGAAAUUAAGAGUGAGGUAUCUGUUUAGGGGGAAGAUGCAUGAGGUUACGGUGGAUGAUACGAGUCCGUUGAGAGCACCUGUUAGGACGCACGUUCUCGAGGUAUAGAUGCCCUUGGCUCCGUUUGGCUUCACACGGCAGACCUAAGGGGACGAGUAGGAGGUGUUCGACGAGUUGAUACUAGUGCGGGGUGAUCGGGGAGGGGAGGGGAACGAAGGAGAGGUUGAUUGAAUUACUCGCAGCUCGAAAACAAAAAGACGAUUUUUUGCAUACGCAUUGAUUUUUCCGACUUAAAAAAAAGGGACCGAAUCCACUCGUCACCUGGUGACAAUUUGGGUUAUCGCGGCGGGAGUUUUUGGUAGUCUUCUCAAGUUUGAUUUAUGAUGAUGCUGCUUUUCAUUGUUUCAAGCCUGUGGUGUAAGAUGGGGCUUGUGCACGAAGAGCGGAAGAUAAACGCAUGCAUUACCCUCCUCUUCGGCCCCCUCUAAGAAGCACUCU